AUGACUAAAAUAGAUGAACCUGAUACUGAAUCAGAACAAGAAGAUAACUUUAAAACUAAUACAAAGACUGUUAAGUUCGAAUAUUCAGAUAUGGAAGAUGAUGAAGCAGAAUCUUCUUAUACAGCCACAAGAAGAGGCAAUAAAAAGAAAUAUGAGUUCAAAAUGCCUGUACACAAUGGUAUUCCAGAUAGUAGCAAAGGACCCAAUACGAUCAAUAUACUCAAUAUUGAUUGUAUCCAAGAUCUAAAACUCAGAGAAAGAGUUGUAGAAAAAUGGGUUACUGAGAUUUCACUAAAUCUUACAGACAACCCAGAUGAAUUUGAAAAAGCAAAAAAUGUUCUUCUACUUUUAGAACACAAAACUGAUGGAAUUGUGCAAAAGUUCCUAAGAAACAAUAAUUGGAAUGAAGAUUUGCAUGGUUCAGAUCUUUUUGAUAAUCUCAUAAAUGUCAUAUACACUACUUUCUUAGGUCUUGAUUAUAUUUCUAAUAAAGACUUUACCAUUAAUAAGAAAGUUGACGUAGCAAGAGUUUCAAUGACAAAACUCCAAUUACAUGAUAUUAGUCUUCUCGACAAAUACACAUGUAUGUAUGAAUCAUAUCUAUAUGAUAUUCCCCAGAGAAGUGAAUAUGCACAAUGGAUAUCUGCUUAUCUAAUGAAAAUUCCAAUUAUUGGAGAAAUCUGUACUGAAAGAUGGAAAAAAGAAGCUACUGGAGAAAUCCAGCAAACCAGUCUUUCUUAUGCAACAAAAAUUGCAAAGGAAGAAAUUGAUAGAAUCUGUCAAGACAGAUAUAAACAACAAAACUCAAAACAAUAA